UCCCAGGCCCCAGGGGACUAUCAGGUUCUGUUGGGGAAUGCUCAGCUGUACCAGAAAACACAGCACACUCAGAAGAUGUCUGUGAACCGUAUCAUCAAACACCCAGACUUUGAGAAGUUUCAUUCCUUUGGGAGUGACAUUGCAAUGCUGCAGCUGUGUCUGCCUGUGAACUUCACAUCCUACGUUGUACCUGCCUGCCUCCCACCUAAAGACACACAGCUCCUCAACCACACUUCCUGUUGGAUAACUGGAUGGGGGAUGCUUUCUGAAGACACAAAGCUGUUACCACCCUUCUUACUGCAGGAAGGUGAAGUGGGCAUUAUUGAGAACGAGCUCUGUAAUGCCUUAUAUGGGCAAAGACCAGGCCAAAGCAGGGGCUAUGUGCAUGAGGAAAUGCUGUGUGCAGGGGGCCUCUCCACAGGAAAGUCCAUCUGUCGGGGUGAUUCUGGGGGGCCCCUCAUCUGCUACCAAACCAGUGCAUGGGUCCUGGUAGGACUGGCCAGCUGGGGCCUGGACUGCCGGCGUCCCAUUUACCCCAGAGUCUUCACCAGGGUCACCUACUUCACUGACUGGAUCGGCCAAGUCAAGGGACUCACUCCACUUCCAGAAUCUGAAUCUGUGUCUCCUCACACAGAACUUCAACCCAGGCCUCUGAGAGCUGCUGGCUCUCCACAUCCCUUCAGCAUCCUCAUAGCUGCACAAAUUUGGUUCCUGCUACUAUUUAUACCUGAGGCUCAAGACCAGGCCCCAGGGUGAGCACCAGGCCUUUGGGCAUUCUUUGCUCAGGCUUCUCUAAGCUAUAGUCUCCACUCGUUAGUUUACCAUCUGCACCUUUUCCUCAGCAUAUCUGCCCAUUCACUGCCACUACCCAAACAAGCCUAGGAAAGCUAAGCAAUAAAGCUUCAUCCUCCUUCA